AUAAACCCUGCAGGGUGUUUGGCAUCUGUCUCAGAGCAGGAUGGCGGCAGUGAAGCCAACGGUGCUGCUGUUGCUGAUGGUUGUGGUCGGCUUCGAUGCCGCGCCUCCGGACCCAGACUGUGAAGGUCUGGCCAAGAGGAUGCCAACAAAAGACCUGCACCAGCUUUUCGGGGACUGGGUUCUGGUCUGGUCCGUGGCAGAUUAUGACCCAGGCUCAGACUUGCUGGUAAACGUCACCAGCUCCCACGUUGAGUUACGACUGCAGCACGACAACAAAACCAUCGAGUACAACGAGAGAAACAUGUUCACCGAUGGAUCCUGUGUGACAUACUUCUUUAACCUGACGCUCCCGUCUGACUCUGACUCUGAGCAUCACACGCUGAGGACGGACACUUUGAGAGUGGAGAAGGAUGGAGUUCCUGUUUCUUACAAUGAGUCUGCUGAGGUGGAGUUCUAUGCGAGCUGUGCCGACUGUCUGAUGAUGACCUACAGACACUCGCCCGGUCGAUUCCUGCUCCUCUACAAGAGGGAGGGUUUGCACCGGGACGCUGAGCUGCUGAAAGCCGCCCACGCUGAUCACAGGAAACAGGCCGAGUGUCUGGGGCUCCCUCACGGCCGAGCCUUCGCCUACGACGGAGCUGCAGACUUCUGUCACAAGAAAUCUGCUCCAGACGCUGAUCCUGUACCGUCCUGAGCCGCCCUGAGGGAAACAGCCGGAGGAGGAAAACAUGCCUACGUGCUAAAUAAAAGAAAAUAUUAAAGCUGCUGCUGAUAA